AAGUACUGCUGUGAUGUCGUGCUGUUUUCUUUAUAGAUUUAUCCAUUUAUGUUGAAGUCUCUGCUGCAUUUUGAUUACUGUUGUAUAUUAUUAUGUUUUCGAGCUGUUUUGUGUUGUUUUGACCAUUAUUAUAAGUUUUAUAGACGUUUUUGUUUUCACUUUUUUGGCGGUUUGUCUGCAGAGUGUCUGUACUCACGCAGCGCAGCUCGUCUAAACUCUGUUCUUGUUUGCAUGUUUAGGAGCAGAGUGCAUGAGGAAAGGUGACCAGAACCCCAUUAAUGUGUAGGAAUCUCUUCUACAGUGUGGUUUUGUUUUGCUGAGGAAGAUAAAAGCUGGAGAAUAUUGAACCAAGUUGUCCUCUUUGUGGCUCUAGACACACUCUCAGCCGUUACGACUCCACACUCUGAACCAGUUCUACACUUUUCAAGGAGCAGAGUGUGACUCUCACAUUUCCUGUUGCAUCCAUCGGCCUGCUGUGUUUUCAGCUUCACUCAGAGACUAAAUGGCUUCCAGAUUAGAGGAGGAUCUCUGCUGUCCUGUCUGCCAUGACAUCUUUAAAGAUCCUGUCAUCCUGGCAUGUACCCACAGCUUCUGUAAAGUCUGUCUGCAGAGCUGGUGGACUGAGAAGCCAAACCGUGAGUGUCCAGUUUGUAAACAGCGACAUUUAAAGCGUCAAUUACCUUCUAACCUGGUCCUGAGGAAUCUGUGUGAGAGCUUCUUAGAGGAUAAACGUCAGAGAUGUUCAGAGUUUCUCUGCAGUCUGCACUCUGAGGAACUCAAACUCUACUGUCUGGACCAUCAGCAGCCAGUGUGUGUCGUUUGCAGAGAUUCAGAAAAACACUCUAACCACACAUUCAGACCCAUCGAUGAAGCUGCACAACAACACAGGAAGCAACUUCAGGAAACUCUGGAGCCCUUAAAGAACAAGUUAAAGGUUUCUGAACAAGUUAAAGUCAAGUUUGAUCAAACAACACAACACAUUCAACUCCAGGCCCGAAUCACAGAGAGGCAGAUUCAGGAUGAGUUCAAGAAGCUUCACCACUUUCUAAAGAAGGAAGAGGAGGCCAGGAUGGCUGCACUGAGGGAGGAAGAGGAGCAGAAGAAGGAGAAGAUGGAGGCUCUGAGCAGAGAGAUAGCACAUCUUUCAGACACAGUCAGAGCCACAGAGGAGCAGCUGAGAGCUGACGACAUCUCAUUCUUGCUAAGCUACGAGGCUGCAGUGGAAAGAGUCCAGCACUGCCCCCUGCUGGAGGAUCCACAGCUGCACUCAGAAGCUCUGAUAGACCAGGCUAAACAUCUGGGCAACCUGAGCUUCAACAUCUGGAACAAGAUGAAGGACAUGGUCUCCUACACUCCUCUGAUUCUGGACCCAAACACUGCAAAUACAGCCCUCAUCCUGUCUGAAGACAUGACCAGUGUGAGAGGAGGAGAUAAAGAGCAGCUUCCUGAUAAUCCAGAGAGGUUUAAAGAUCACUUCUCAGUCCUGAGCUCUGAGGGCUUCAACUCAGGAACUCACAGCUGGGAUGUUGAGGUCGGAGACAGUCCAGACUGGAAACUGGGUGUUUUAUCAGAAUCUGUCCAGAGGAAAGGAAAUGUACGACCUGGAUUAUGGACAAUACGGUUCUAUUACGGUGAAUACACAGCAGUGUCCCCAUCACAUCCAGAGACUGAUCUCUCAGUGAAAAAGAUGUUUCAGAGGAUCAGAGUGAAUCUGGACUGGAACAAAGGAAAGCUGUCGUUCUCUGAUCCUGAUACUAACACACACAUACACACCUUCACACACACUUUCACUGAGAGGAUGUUUCCAUAUUUUUACACUUGGUCAAAUCAUCCACUAAAGAUCCUACCAGUGAAGGUGUGUGUGACUGUAGAACAACACUAACAGAUGAUGAUGGUCUCUGUCACUAACAUGCAAACUCUCCAAAACCCACAGACAAGGAGAAGAUUCCACAACAGGACUUUGUGAACUCUGAACACAAACACAGAAAACAGCAACAGACUUUGGACUGACAUAAAGAAAACAGUCUUUGUAUCCGUACAUCUUUCUCAAUCAGUGUAUUGUUUGACAUGGUUAUGUUGUGAUCAGAAUAAUCAUCAGUUCAUCAUCAGAUUAUUUAGACAAAGAUCAAUAUUACUGUAGAAACAUUGAAUGACUUUGAUCAUCAGAUCAGUUCUGAAUGUGUUCUGUUCAUUUUCUGAUAGUAAAUUAGCUUUGAUCGUUAACUACAUAUAUUACUGAAUGAAACUUUAAACUGUGAUUUCUGUUUGACUCCAUUUCUUUAUUUUAUUUUGUUUACAUGUGAGCUGAAAUUGUGCUUUGAGUGACAUUUUAUUUGCAUUUCUCUUUUCUUUUAAAUUUAAUAAUGAUUAAUAUAGUUUGAGUAUCUUUUGAUGUGUUUGCAAAUUUGUAGUUUAAGUUUUGGGUAACAUUCUAAUUUUGGGUAAAACAUACAUUUAUAUUUUUAUAUAACUACAUAGAUUACUGAAUGACAUAUUGAACUGUGAUUUCUGUUGGACUCCCAUUUCUUUUUAAAAUUUAGUUUACUUUUUAAAUAUUGGCUCAUAUUGUGGUUUGAGUCACAUUGUAUUUUCUUUUUUCUAAGCUUUAGAAGUUAGUUGUGAUAAAAUAUCGUUUGUGUGUCUUUUGAUGUGUUUUAAAAAAUUGUAGUUUUCUCUCGUUAAAAUGUGCGUGAGUUUUAUACACUUCUAUUGGGAGAAAAACAACAAUUUAAUCCUUUCAUAAUUUUUGUUGUCCAAGAAAUUAAUUAUUGUUUUUAUUUCUGCUUUUCUUCAUUCUCAAAUUAUGUCGUUUUCAACCUGUAAAAAAGUGCUUCAUCACUGUGGCUGAAAUCUUAUUAAUGCAUGAAAAUGACCUGAUUUGAUUCAUGAGGACUUUAUCAAAACAUUAAAGCCAAUAUGAUAAGUGCAGAA